GGGUUGGCUACAGCCGGGGGUGAGUAGUCAAGGACCGAGCAGCAUGCAGGAUGGGUAUAAAGGCAGCAACAUCCCAGGCAGGGUAUCACACUAUCUCAUUUGCUGCUACGACAACACCCACAACAACAACAACAACAACAACAACAACAACAACAAGCAUGCGUAUCCUGGCCAUUCUCUGCGUGUUGGUGCUGAUGGUUGCCGCCGUGUUGGGCGGCGGUGGUGGCUACUACGGCGGUGGCGGCGGCGGAAGAGGACGCUUCGGAGGCGGCAGUUUCGGAGGCAGUAGCUUCGGGGGCCGUGGCUUCGGCAGGGGGAAGUUUGGUGGAAGCGGUUUUGGUGGAGGCAAUUUUGGAGGCUUCGGGAGUGGCGGCGGGGGUUAUUACGGCCGUUGAGGCGACCCUUCGGGCACGGUCACGAUGCUGGCGACGUACUACUGACGGUAGUAGCACUACGGACGGUAACGGUGAAGCUGAAUGUGAAGGGACCAAUAAAACUGUCCGAAUGUG